CAUUGUUGCAACUUUGACCCUUAUUUCCUCCUCUUACUGUAAAGAUUUGUGUACAAACUUUGGUCAUAGUACCAUGCGUACGUAGAUCCAGCCACGUCUUGUCAAGUCUUGAGGUCAGUACCGGUACCGUCCGGCCGUCCGGUACGAGCAGCAAAAAGUUUCAAAUCAAACAAAUCAAAAUGUUCAGCCAAUCUUACCCAGUUCAGCAAUUCUCCACCAACUACCACCAACCGGAUCUCUACUUUUCUGAACCCACCAUGAGCACUUCCACCAACUUCUUCCUCGGCCAAGAGAGCAACAUGUACGAAGAGGAAGACUUCUGCGCCAGCACAUUCCAAUGGGAUGUUUCCACCGAGGAGGAACCCACUUCAGAACAAGAAAACUUUGCCCCACCUCCUGCCCCCACUAGCACUCGCUGCAUGCACUCCAUGGUCCCCGCCAAGAAGGUCACCACACCCAUGCCAGACUCGCUCAUGUCAUUGAUGUCCUCUGCUGUUAAGCCCAACACUUCCAAGCCCAAGAGAAAGCGCAAGCCCGUUCCCCCCAAGGUGUUGACUCCUCUCCCAGUUGACUUCCAGCCCACCGACUUCACUGUCUUGUGCGGCAAGGGAAACGAUAACUACAAUGCCCCUGGCAACCGCCGUUUCCGAGUGACCAUCAGCAUGUUCACUGAGGAAUACAUCAACGCCACUGACCGCCAAGAAAAGUCUGACCUGGUCCUCAGAGUCAUGGAUCUGGUCCGACAAGCUUCCCCCGUUGGUGCCUUUGUCAAGUGUGUCAAGGGGCGAUGGUACGAAGUCGACGAACGCACUGCCCGCGAAAAGGUUGGAGCCUACUUUCGCGACACCCUAUCUGGACACUACCGAUCCAGUGCCAAGUCCAAGGUUGCCCGGCGAAAGCAACAAAAGAGACGCUCCAGCGACAGCAGCGUUUCCACUGAUUCCACCGAUAGCUGCUCCGACUACUCUUCUUCCCAGGAGUUUCGGCUAUAAAGGGCCACCAUGGGGCGCUAGCUUUUACAGGCCACAACGUUAUCCAUCCCAAUUCCCAAUCUCCUCCCUCACAUCCAAAGGCCUCCACUUCCUUUUGGGAUCUAUUGUUUUCGUUCGGGUGAUUCGAUUCCACUACUGCAAUGUAUAUACUUAGGACAUUUUUUUACUAUUG